CACGGAAGUCUCGCGCAUAUUUGGCAGCCACAGAGGCGCAACCAAAAGCACCGACAGCGACUGGAGACGAGAGGGCAACCGACCGACCGACCGACGGCCCUUAGGCUGAGCUGAUUUGUUUCUCGAGGAAGGAAGCGUCGAUUAAUAAAAUGACCAGAGGAAACCAACGUGAGCUUGCACGCCAGAAGAAUGCCAAAAAAAACAACGAUCAGGGGAAAGGAAAGAGGGGCGAUGAUGGUCUGUCUGCGGCUGCUCGCAAGCAGAGGGAUGCCGAGAUAAUGCAACAGAAGCAGAAAAAGGCGAAUGACGGAGGGGACGGAGGGAAAGGAGCGGACGGAGGAGACGGAGGGAAAGGAGGCGCCAAGUCCAAGUGAAGAACGACGUCGGAGAUGAAUUCAACUGAAUUCAACUCAAGUGUCUCAAUAACAUCCCAUGUUCAGCAUUCUUCCUGAUAUUUAUGAGAACGGAUCUGUCAUUUUUGUCUAGACUCAAGAAUCUAGGAUCCUACAUUCUUCCCUAUGGCAAAUGACAUUGCUUAUUGGAUUUGUUAUUUUACUUGGUGAAAUUAUGUCUGAGCAAGUUAGCAGUUGUCCCACUUUUGUGCUGCAUGCAGAGGAGCAUCAGUGGUGUAAGCAGUUGGAGAAAGAUGAACAAUUCUUGACACAAAGCAUCCACGUAAACAGUUGCGUGUUUUUGUACAAAAAUGUCCCCAGCCGGUUUUAAAUAAAGUGUAUCUUUUUAGUUCA